AUGCAAGUUAGUCCAGCAGUCCCCUCUGCGAGGCCAAACCAUAAGAGAUCAAAGAAUUUUAGUGACCACGAAGAUGAGGUUUUGGUUUCAGCGUGGCUGAAUAUAAGUUUGGAUCCGGUCGUAGGCAAAGAUCAAAAAGGUGGCAGGUAUCGGUCUCGUAUCUGUGACUAUUUCCAUGAGCACAAGACGUGCCAAUCAACGCGUACCAUUAAUUCUCUAAUGCACUGGUGGGAGACCAUACAGAAAUGUGUGAACAAUUUUUGUGGAUGUCUAACACGGAUUGAGUUAAGGCGUCAAAGUGGUACUACAAUGCAAGACAAGGUUGCAGAGGCAUGUGCUUUGUACAAGGCCGAAGACCAACAUAACAAAGCAUUUCAGUUCAUGCAUUGUUGGGAUAAGCUGAGAACACAACCGAAAUGGCUUGCUAAACUUGAUGAAUUGGCUGCUGCUAAAACAUCUAACAAGAAGCAGAAGACAAGGCCUAUUGCUGAUCCGAGUGCAACUUUACCAAGUGAAAUAGGACAAGAUGCAGUUGAAGACUUAGAUGCUAAUGCAUUGACAAGGCCAAUUGGUAAGAAGAAAGCAAAAGCAGCACUGCUGCAAGAGAAGAAAAAAAGUGUGACAUCAACCUUAGAAAAUAUGUGGGCACAGUUAAAACAAACUGAUGAGGAGAAAGAGCUAAAGAAAGAUCAGAGGUUCAACAAAGCAUUUACUCUAGAACAGGAACGAGUAGCAAAUGAAAAACUACUUCUUGAGGUGAGGAGACAGGAGGUCCAAUUGCAGAAAAAGAGGGAUGAAGAGAGGAUUAUGACCAUGGACCUUAGUGCCAUGCCAGAUGAGCAAAAGAAAUACUACAUGUGCUUGCGGGCUGGGAUCAUGAGCCGAGUAUUUAAUUAG